AUGCCCUCCGACUUUCUAACACCUUUCCUGGAACUGGAUGAGGAGUUCUGCAAGAAUUUCCACAGCCUGGAGGUGACAGAUGGCUUGUCCACCAGCUCACAGCAGCAACGGCAGCAGCAGCACAGUCAAAGAGUCCUCGGCUUCCAGCGUCGCCAUUCUCUCUGCCCCGUGACCCUCCCCAACUCCAAGUUCAACAUGAGCGAGUCGGCCUGCUGGGGGAUCAACAUGUCCCCCAACCAGCAGUGGAAGAGGGACAGUCAGCUUCCUCGCUCCUCGCUCAGUCAUAUCCCCUUCAGAGUCGACCGCUCCGUCAGCAUGAUCGAGGGCAACGUCAGCAGUUUGGGAGGCAGAGAGGACAAACUGGCGAACGUGUCCCCGCCGCUGCUGCUCCCUCCACCGGGCUUCUGCAUCAGCAACAGCUCCCUCUCCUCCGCAACCUCCCCCUCUGCCUCCAGACCCCUGGCCCCCCCCUCGCCUCACAUCUCCACCCGCUACAAGACUGAACUCUGCCGCACCUUUGAAGAAAGCGGGGUCUGCAAGUAUGGCGCCAAGUGCCAGUUUGCCCACGGCAUGGACGAGAUGAGAGGCCUGAGCAGGCACCCGAAGUACAAGACGGAGCCUUGCCGCACUUUCCACACAAUUGGCUUCUGCCCGUACGGUGCCCGCUGCCACUUCAUCCACAACGCCGAUGAAAUCCAAAAUGGCAACGGCGGCGCCCCCGAGCAGAAGCAGAAGCUCAGGCCUCCUCCGCUCCGUCACAGCUUCAGCUUCGCAGGCUUCUCCUCCUCUCCACAGACUUUCCAACCAGUCGAGGAGUCGCAGCCCAACUCCCUCCUCUUCACUCGGGCCUCCUCGGUGUCUCCUCCUCCAUCCUCAACAGGAAGCCCAGAGCUCCUGUCUCCUCUCUUCCCUGAGCCGGGGAACCUGAAGCAUUGCCCCUACUCCUUCACUGGCAUCACAGACAUGUCCAAUGACAGCGGAGAUCAAGCUCUGCAUUUCUAUGCUGUCUCAGAUUCUGUCAGCGCCAGGUUCUCCCUGAACAGCCUCCCGAGCCUUCAGCGCUGCUCCUCGGCUGACUCCCUCUCUGAGGAAGGCUACACCUCCUCCUGCUCCCUCAGCUCUUCCUCCAGCGGCACAGAAUCGCCGAGCUUCGAGGGCCGACGCCUGCCCAUCUUCAGCCGCCUGUCUGUCACAGACGAGUAG